CGAACCGCUAAAGCUCAGCUGCUAAAAACACCGACAACUCUGCAGUUUAUGACCAGAUGUCCUCUUAGUUUCAAACCUACCAUGGUUGUGGUGAGAGCACAUUAUCGCUCGCGAUAAGUAAAAUCUAAGCUUAAUACGAGUUUGUUUUUAUUUUAAGAUGACGUUACCACGAGUCCCUCAUUAGCACCGAAGCUAGCUCAGUGGUGGUGUUUAGUUUUAUUGAUGUGUUAACCUGCUAAACUCAGCAUCACCUAAUGGAAGUCAUCGGCCACAUGAGUUGGAUUUAGUGUCGUUUAAGUCGGUAAAUUAAAAACGGAGCUAACUUUGUUUAGCUGCUAGCAGCACUGGGGCUGUUUUGCCUGCAGCAGUGAUUCAGCUCAGCUCACGGAAUGAUUCAUGUGCUUGUUUGAUGGGGCUGCUGAGGACCAUGAUGCCGCCCAGGAUCCAGCUGUUAGCCGUUCUGGCUUUUGGAGUGGCGAUGCUCCUGAUAGAGAACCAGAUUCAGAGACUGGACGAGUCCAGAGCCAAACUCGAACGCACCAUUGCCAGACACGAGGUGGCUGAAGUAGAGCUGCGUCACACUGAAGAUGGCGGGGUGCGGGAGCUGGCCCCUCUGGCUGAAAACAACGACAUGGUCAUCAUCUACAACCGAGUUCCAAAAACAGCCAGCACAUCCUUCACUAACAUCGCCUAUGACCUCUGCGGCAAGAAUCUGUUCCACGUCCUGCACAUCAACACGACCAAAAACAACCCCGUCAUGUCUUUACAGGACCAGGUGCGCUUUGUUCAGAACGUCACCACGUGGCGAGAGAUGAAGCCUGGCUUUUACCACGGCCACGUAGCUUAUCUGGACUUCUCAAAGUAUGGAGUGAAGGGAAAGCCAAUGUACAUAAAUGUUGUACGGGAUCCUAUAGAGCGCCUCGUGUCCUACUACUACUUCCUUCGCUUCGGAGACGACUACAGACCGGGCCUUCGACGGAGAAAACAGGGAGACAAGAAGACUUUCGAUGAGUGCGUCUCCUCAGGGGGGUCUGACUGUGCUCCUGAGAAACUCUGGCUCCAGAUCCCUUUCUUCUGUGGUCAUCAUUCGGAGUGCUGGAAUGCAGGAAGUAAAUGGGCUCUGGAACAGGCCAAAUACAAUCUGGUGAAUGAAUAUCUGUUAGUCGGAGUAACUGAGGAGCUGGAGGACUUCAUCAUGAUCUUGGAGGCAGCACUGCCGCGCUUCUUUAAAGGAGCCACAGAGCUCUACAGAACAGGAAAAAGAUCCCAUCUGAGGAAGACCACCGAGAAGAAGCCCCCCACCAAAGAGACGAUAGCCAAGCUGCAGCAGUCCAACAUCUGGAAAAUGGAAAACGAGUUUUACGAGUUCGCUUUAGAACAGUUCCAGUUUGUCCGUGCUCACGCCGUCAGAGAAAAGGACGGCGAACUGUACGUGCUGGCGCAGAGCUUCUUCUAUGAAAAGAUCUACCCCAAAUGAUACGCACAAGAACUCUUACUAGUUGUACACACUGGGAGAAAAAAAAUUUAAAAACAUUUCCAAGAUGACUUUUUUAUGCUGAUGAUGCUGUUAGGAAAACUAAACCAUUGAGCUGUACUAUAAAAAUGAGUUUAGCUAAUCAUUAGAGAAAAAAAGAAACAAACUAGUUCAACCAGUCUGAAGCUGUGUUCAACUGUGACUUUCUGGAGAAAGAAAAAUUAGUUCAUCUGUUUUGUGUUUUUCAUUUUGCACACCAGACUUUGGAUUGAACCAGUACUUGUUUACAUAUUUCUGACAGUCCAGGCUGCAUUGGUUCACAGGGUGAUGACUUACAGAUAACAGGUUUUUGGACCAAAUGAAGAAAAUCAAUUGGGUUGUGGCAUUUUUUUUUUUAUUUGUGCAUCACUUGUAUUUUUAUUUUCUCACACCAGGUUGAUCUUGAUUUUUUUUUACAUAUAUAACAUGGUUUGUCAGUAUUUUCUUAGUGAAAUAGUGAUGCUUGCUGCUGUUCUUCGUCUGUGACGGGACCACAAGCUUGAAUCGGACUAACCAAAAUGGACUAAAGUGUAAAUACAGGGUUACUUCAGGCAGAGAAAGACUGACAGUGCCUUUAUUGUUAUUGGACUGUGGUCCCGUGAGCCCACCGUCUUAUUUUUCACACAUCUCAGUGUUUUUUCACAAACUUACCACUUCUCACAUUCCUAUGAUCAUAAAAGCACGACUGAAAUGUCUUGCUUCAUCGAUCCUCGUUUUGCUUUUUAAAUAUUUUUAGCUAUCUCUUAUGAGGAUAAGUUUGUAUAUUUGAAUAAUUUAAAAUUUUCAUAAAGUUUGAGGACUUUGGUAGAUAUUUUCUGAAUAUCAUAUAUCAUCACCUUUCAUGUCAGUUUUAGACCAAGAUCAUUUUUUUGUUGUGAAAUGAAGUUCUAACCUUUUGGUUAAAUUUUGAAAAAUAAGAAUAGAAAUUAAAAUCGAAAAACAAAACAACUUGACAUUUACUUUGUAACUGAAGACAUUUUCUUUUUCCAUUCGUGGACUUAAUUCAAAACUGCAAUUUUAUAUUAGGAAAGACCCCCAGAUGAGAAGUGAAACAUCAUAUACAGAAUAGAAGUCCAGUUGUUUUAUUUGUAUUUUAUUUAUUUUAUUAUUUCCAGAUUUACCACAUCCUGGAUGAUAAUCACACAUCAUUCAAAUUAGGUGUGUUUGAACAGAGAAACAAGUAAAACAUGCAGGAUAGCAAUGCUCAAAGACCAGGUUUGACCCCUGAUCUACACCAACAUGUUAAACUUUACAAGUAACACUGUGCACAAUUCUGAUCUGUAGAGUUUGUGUUGUACACAACUGUUAACAUCAGACACCAAAUUUUAGCCAAAUAUUUGUAAAACUGAGUUGUAGCAAUUUUUGUGGUGGCUAAGGUUGAUUAGCUGUGGCAGCCAUCUUAAAUUUGAUUAACUCCAAUAAAAAAAACUUUGCAGAUGUAGAGCCAGUACUUUCUGAAAGCUUCAUUUCAAUUUGUCCUGUUGUGUUUAAGAUAUGAUGUCAAGGUGUUGCCCUCAGAAUAUGUGUUAGGGAUGGUGUUCAGCUACUACCACACCAAGUUUUAGUGCAAUAUCUGUAAAACUGACUGAGUUUUUGCCAUUUUUGGCUAGCCAAGAUUGAUUAGCUGUAGCAGCCAUCUUGUGCUCGAUUUACACCAAAUGUUAAUCCAUUCUAGACGGAGAUGCAGUGAUUACACUCUGAAAGUUUCCUAAAAAUCUGUCCAGUAGUUCACGAGAGAUUGACUUGAACAGUUGAUGGCAAAAUUUGAAACACAGAUCUUUAAGAAUGAGCUCUCAGAUUAUAAGUAGGGGAUCAGUUUCAGCUAAUACAACAAAUUUUAGCUCAGUACCUGUAACACUGGCUGGGUGACAUUUUCAUUAAAAUCCGUUCAAUGAUGUGUGCUUUGCUAAUGGUACAAACGGACACAGUCAUGAACAACAACAUUAUUGCUCUUUCGUGUUCAGUGUUGGGCAGUAAUGAUGGACUUGUUCAGGUUGAAACACCAAAAUUUAGCUGGACUAUGGCUUUUCCCACAUUCUCCUCACUUUUAUUGGACCAUCCCACCCAAACAGAUGGCUAAUGUGCACAUAUUUAAAAAGCCAGAUCUGCUUUAUUUUAUCUGCCAUAAAACAGAAUGAGACUGUAAAAACCAGACAAUAUGUAUUACGUGAUAAAAACACAGAACACAUGGAGCUCCAUAAAAGCAUUAGAUUUCUUUUACUUUAUGAGAUUAAUUUAACACCCCGUGUUGGUUGGCCAAACAAGCUGUUGUACUAAUCUGUAGCUUUUCUGAUUUCUCCGUUCUCCACCAUAACACAAGCUGCAUACGAUUAAAAUACUUAAGUGUAUUUAGCUGUAAUACAACAGCCUAAACCUUACAUCUGGAUAUGUGGUGGAUUAAAAAGGUGCAUGUUUUGAAAAUGGAGAAUGCCUUGGUUUUCUCGUACUUUGCUUCUGUUCUUCACUAAAAAUAACUGUUAAAGACAUUUUGCUUUCUUGUUCUAUAAUAGAUGAAACUGAAAAAUAAUGGUGGAACCAAAUGACAGAUAUAAAAUUAAAGACCCAUUCUGCUUUAAUUUCAGAGCAUAGGCUACCCAUCUGUGUAAAACUUAUUCUUUUAAUUUUGUAAAACUAGAGUUUGUUACAUCAAAUUAUAGGCAUUUUGUGGAGGAAGGCAUACAUGACUCUCAGCUACUACCUCACCUAAUUUUAGCUCAGUAUCUGUAUCAAGUUCUAAACAUUUUGUGUCAAAAAGCCGUAGCAGCCAUCUUGGAUUGAGUUCGCACCAAAAGUUGUAAAUGUAUGUCCAACAGUUACUACUGAGAGUUGCAUUUAAGUCCGUCCAGUGGUUCAUGAGAUAUUUUGCUAACAUGUCAAGUGUUCAGCAUAUGCUUAGUGGAUAUCUUAUCAGCUGAUGCAAAGUCUGAGUUCAAUCUUUCCAGAACUGACAGAUAUACUUGAUCACUCACCUUUCAUGGCAGUGAACAGUCGUGUGUUUGUACUCAGGGUCUCUGUUUUUAUUCUUGAGCUUUUAUUUAGGAAAUUAUUUGAUGCAUUAAUAAACCAUUGAAA